UAAAGGUGACUUUUGGCCUUCUUGGGUGUGUGGGUCUGCAGGGAGGCUGGGGGCUCGAGCUGCCCUGGCCUCAGGGAGUGUCCAGUCCCCAUCCCUGUGCCGGACAUGUCGCAAUUCCCUGAUAACAAGGGCUAUAAAGGAGUCACGGGGCCGGCUGCGGCCGCAGUGGCCGGACAGGGCAGGUGCCAGCAGCGAAGCCGCCACCAUGCCCCGGCUUCUGCUCUUCCUCCCGCUCCUCAUCCUCGGCCGUGCCCUCGCUGCGUCCGUCGUCCCCCCGGGGCCGGCUGCCGGUGACCGGGCGCUGCUGGCCGAGCUGCUGGGGCUGGCAGAGCCCAGCCCACCGCCGGCACUGCGGGUGCCGUGCCGGACCCUUCUCCCCGACGCCUUUCCCGGUUUCUCCGGGCUGCCGCCGCUGCCCCGCGGGCUGGCCCGUGCUGCCCUGGUGCUGGCUCUUCGCGGGGCCGGCUGUGCUCCCCAUGCCGAGGCCGAAGCGCUGGAGCUGCUGCGGGAGCUGGGGACCCCCAGGGCGGCGGCGCUGCUGCGGGGGCUGGCGCGGCUCCCGGGCGCUCCGGCCCCUCGCCCGCUGACCCUGCUGCUCCUCCGCUUGGCACGCCCGGGGGGCUCCGCCUGCGCGGAUCCCACCCUGCUCCGGACCCCCGCGCCCGGCCAGGCAGUCCGGGAGCUGCCGGGGCUCCGGCCGUGCCGCGGAGCCGUGCGGCGGCGGCGGGAGGAUGAGGAUGCCUGCAGCCCGGCGGGGGAACGGGAAGCGCACCGGGUGCUGGACUGGGUGCCGGGAGUCAGCAUCUUCUACAACCUGGGCACCAGCGUCUACUUCGCCUUCCAGGGCUGCGAGGCCACGGCGUCCACGCGGGCGCUGGAGGCCGCCGAGGACCUGGGCUACGCCGGGCUGGCCGCGCUCACCGGGGGCCUGGGGGGCCCGGUGGCCAUGGGGGUGCAGCUGGGGCUGCAGCCGGGGCUCAAGGCCGGCGUGCGGGCGCUCGUCGGGUACUUCACCUCGGCCGGGGAGCCCUCGCCGGUGCCCACCGCCCACAGCGGGCCCGUGGUCAUCGUCUGAAUAAAGGCCACGUGUGAAUAAAGGCGGCGGGUCCCUGUUUGGGGCGGCUGGGGACGGA